AUGCAUUCUAUUCAAUCAAUUCCUGUACCAUUUCCAACGGCAGAUGAGGAGGAACCAGAAGAGGCUGCGUCUGACAUCGAGGUCCCCACCAAGUCAAAGAAGAAGAAGAAAGCCAAGAAGAGCCGUGAGAGCAGGAUCAGCAAGAGACCAAGACCUGUCAGAGAGGUAGGAUGGGCAUGAUCCUCCCUUACAUGAAGUAGCCUAGUCACAGAUAUCAGGGAUUGCUCCAAGGAAGUUGGGAGGGAAAAUGCAUUUUGAAGUAUAAUAAUAAUAUGGAUAGCCCCUAGCCUUUGACCCUUACCUUUUGACCUGACCUUAGUAUCAAUUUUCAGCAUUUGUGAGAUUUAUUUUUCUUCGUAUUUGCAUCUAAAUUGACUCAUUUUGUUUCCUAUCUCAGGAGGUGCCAGUCAGCUCACCAGAACCCCUCUUAGCAGUAGAGCAAGUAGCGAGGGAGGAGGAAGAGGGUGGAGGAGGUAGGGCCAGGUCAGAAAGCGAGGGAAGUGAUUACGCCCCGAGGGGGAAGAAGAAGAAGCGCUCCAGCUCCUCCAAAGACAAGAAGAAGGGAGGAGGGACAAGUGGAGAGAAGGAGAAAGGAGGAGGAGGCUCAUCCAGCUCCAAGAGUAAACGCAAAGAACCAGAACUAGAGAAAGAUGAUGAUGAUGAUGAAGAUGAAGAAGAAGAAGAUAGCCAGGUGAGGAUGAAGGCUAAGAGGAUGUAGGUGGUGUGGGUGGGUUGUACAAGGGAGACGUUGGAGCUGUUCCCUGUUUAGACUUUGAAGCAGCCCCUGCAAUGCACUUAAGUUUCUAAGUGACCCUGAAUGUAAUGAUAUCCUAACUCCUCCCACUCUCCAGGAGCCCAAGAGCUCGACUCAGCUGCUGGAGGACUGGGGCAUGAAGGACAUAGACCAUGUCUUCACUCAGAAGGACUACACCACCAUCACCAACUACAAGGCCUUCAGCCAGUUUGUCAGGUUAACACACCUCUCUCACGUCUCAUGUUUUCUACUUGCUUUUUGCUAUUCUCCUUCUGUUUCCACUGCAGCAGGUUUCAGUACCACUUCAUCUGGAUAGCGCAGCAUUUGUGGAUCGGGGGAGAAAGUUACUUCAUAUCUGUGUGACUGAGCUAGCUACGACCAGUCUGAAACUGCCCCUACUUCUACCCCAAACUUAAACUAACGUAGCAGGCGUAAAAAGACACUUGAGCAGAGUCCCCACAUCCGUUUUUUCAGAGGAAAUGGAAGUUAGGUUGAAAAUACUGUAUCCUUGAAAACCGCAAACAUCGGCUUUCUGCCGGCCCCCCCAUAGAGUGCCCCAAACUUAACCUCUGUCUCUCCUCUGGCCUUACUUCCCCAGACCCCUCAUCGCAGCCAAGAACCCCAAGAUCGCUGUGUCCAGGAUGAUGACUCUGAUGAUGGCCAAGUGGAGGGAGUUCAGCACCAACAACCCUCUGAAGGUAACACACCCAAUACAAGACAUUGCUAUUACAUGACAUUACAUUGCUAUAACAUUACAUUACAUUGCUAUUACAUGACAUUACAUUGCUAUUACAUGACAUUACAUUGCUAUAACAUGACAUUACAUUGCUAUUACAUUACAUUACAUUGCUAUAACAUUACAUUACAUUGCUAUUACAUGACAUUACAUUGCUAUAACAUGACAUUACAUUGCUAUAACAUGACAUUAUAUUUCUAUUACAUGACAUUACAUUGCUAUUACAAUACAUUACACAUUUAUUUGGACUAUGAUUGCAUGUUCUUUAUAGCAACGGUCCUGAUUUCCAUCCUGCCUUGUCUAACCCUCUGUAGGGCUGUGCCAGUGCCAACGCAGCCCUGGCAGCUGCCAACGUGGCUGCGGCCGUGGAAAGCAUGGUGGUGGCAGGGGCAGAGGCAGGAGGGGAUACUGGGGCGGGGGGUAGUGCCGCUAAAGACUCCUCUCCAGCUGCACCCGCUUCCAUACCUGUAGCUGUGCCCGCUCCGCCCGCACCCCCACUCCGCAAGGCCAAGACCAAAGAGGGCAAAGGUGAGGAACAAGUUAGAGGAAUGCUGAUGGAGGGAGCAUGUAUAAUAUUAUUGUUGGUGGUUCGUUGUUGUAGAAUAAGGGGAUCAUUUAACUCUGUCCGUUUCCCUCUGCAGGCCCCAAUGCUCGCAGGAGGUCCAAGCCCAACCCUAAGCCUGCCCCCAAGCCCAAAGCCAAGAAGGUGGCUCCGCUCAAGAUCAAACUGGGAGGCUUCAACAGCAAGAGGAAGAGAUCCUCGGUAAGAACACUAACUUGUCUGAGAAUCAACUGAUAUGCAGUAAGCCUUGCCAUACUUCUGUCCCACAAUUCUAUCAUUGUAUCUUUGUGUCUGUUUCUCUCUCUCCCUGUGUUGUUGCAGAGCGAGGAGGAUGAGCUUGACGUGGAGAGUGACUUUGACGACGGGACCUUUGAAGUGUCGGACGGCUCCAACAGCCAUAGCAGCCGCUCCAAGAAGAAGGCCAAGUCCGCCAAGAAGAAGAAGAAAGGUUGGCAUGGAAACGCAACUGUCAUCUCUUGACCUCUCAUUCCAUGUAGUGGAGGUGUUAGAACACCUGUGUCUUUUACUGUGCUUGGGGCUAUAGCAUUUAGACCAGUGGUCAGUUACAUACCUUAGUUCAGGAGAGCUAUAGGGGGUGCAGGCUUUUGUUCCAGUCUAGCACUAGUACACUUGGUUCAACUAAUUAUGUUGUUGAUGAUCGUGUGAUUAGAGGAAUCAGAUGUAGUUGCUCUGGGCUGAAACCAAGGAUCUGGCUCUCAGUCAAUCAUCUGAUAAUAUUAGAUGUUUUUAACAGGACCAUCAUCAUGUACCAUCCCCCUCCCUCCUAACUUCCCCUCUUCCCAUUCCAGUUGAGGAGGAUGGUGACGGUUAUGAGACAGACCACCAGGACUACUGUGAGGUGUGCCAGCAGGGAGGGGAGAUCAUCCUGUGUGACACCUGUCCCAGGGCCUACCACAUGGUCUGUCUGGACCCUGACAUGGAGAAGGCCCCCGAGGGCAAGUGGAGCUGCCCCCACUGUGUAAGUACACAAUGUACCCAGUCUGAAGUCGGCCCAUAGUCCAACCCAUGGCUAGGUAGAGUUGACACCAUAUUGCUUGUAUAUACUCUAUGUAUUUUCUCUUUAAUGAUUAAAGAUGGGUGUGAUAUCCUAUUUUUGAUGUUGACCUUUCUCCUCCUAUCUUUCACUCUCCCUCCCUUUGUCCUUCAUCACAUCACUCCCCCCCCCCCCCCCCCGGUUCCACUCUCGCUUCCCCUUCAUCGUUCCACUCCCCUCUCUUCCCAUUUCUUCUCAACCCCCCCACUCUCACUACCCCCUCCACCACACCCCUCCCACAUUCUUGUCCCCCCCUCACCCUCCUGCUCUCCCCUCCCACUCUCUUUUUGUUCCUCUGUCCCUCCCUGCAGGAGAAAGAGGGGAUCCAGUGGGAGGCCAGAGAGGAGCUGUCUGAGGGAGAAGGGGAGGACGAGGAGGUGGGGAGGGAUGAGGGAUGGGUGGAGGAGGAGGAGGAUGACCAUCACAUAGAGUUCUGCAGGGUGUGUAAGGAUGGAGGAGAGCUGCUGUGCUGUGACACCUGUACCUCCUCCUACCACAUCCACUGUCUCAACCCCCCCCUCCCUGAGAUACCCAACGGGGAAUGGAUCUGCCCACGCUGCAUGGUGAGCCCUGCUGCCACACACACACACAGACCGACAGACCGAGAGAGAGAGAGAGAGAGAAUCUCAACGUAUGGGUGUUGGAUGUACAUUAUUAUUAAAGAGAACAUGUUCUGUCAUAUGUGUGUGGGUGGAUACACCUACAUCAUAUGGAAUUAUUGAUUUGAGUUGAGUCAGCUAUACAGCUGGCAUUUAACUCUAAUUUCCGAUCUCUUUAAUGCUGCCAUUGUUUUUUAAAUGUAUAAAGACGGAAGAUUGCAGAUAGAAAUAGAAAUGCAUUAUGUAGUGUUGACACGAUUGACAAAGAAGGUAUUUUCUACACAAUAUACACUGCUAAAAAAAAUUAAGGGAACACUUAAACAACACAAUGUAACUCCAAGUCAUUCACACUUCUGUGAAAUCAAACUGUCCACUUAGGAAGCAACACUGAUUGACAAUAAAUUUCACAUGCUGUUGUGCAAAUGGAAUAGACAACAGGUGGAAAUUAUAGGCAAUUAGCAAGACACCCCCAAUAAAGGACUGGUUUUGCAGGUGGUGACCACAGACCACUUCUCACCAUGCUUCCUGGCUGAUGUUUUGGUCACUUUUGAAUGCUGCCGGUGCUUUCACUCUAGUGGUAGCAUGAGACGGAGUCUACAACCCACACAAGUGGCUCAGGUAGUGCAGCUCAUCCAGGAUGGCACAUCAAUGCGAGCUGUGGCAAGAAGGUUUGCUGUGUCUGUCAGCGUAGUGUCCAGAGCAUGGAGGCGCUACCAGGAGACAGGCCAGUACAUCAGGAGACGUGGAGGAGGCCGUAGGAGGGCAACAACCCAGCAGCAGGACUGCUACCUCCGCCUUUGUGCAAGGAGGAGCAGGAGGAGCACUGCCAGAGCCCUGCAAAAUGAUAUCCAGCAGGCCACAAAUGUGCAUGUGUCUGCUCAAACGGUCAGAAACAGACUCCAUGAGGGUGGUAUGAGGGCCCGACGUCCACAGGUGGGGGUUGUGCUUACAGCCCAACACUGUGCAGGACGUUUGGCAUUUGCCAGAGAACACCAAGAUUGGCAAAUUCGCCACUGGCGCCCUGUGCUCUUCACAGAUGAAAGCAGGUUCACACUGAGCACAUGACAGAGUCUGGAGACGCCGUGGAGAACGUUCUGCUGCCUGCAACAUCCUCCAGCAUGACCGGUUUGGCGGUGGGUCAGUCAUGGUGUGGGGUGGCAUUUCUUUGGGGGGCCGCACAGCCCUCCAUGUGCUCGCCAGAGGUAGCCUGACUGCCAUUAGGUACCGAGAUGAGAUCCUCAGACCCCUUGUGAGACCAUAUGCUGGUGCGGUUGGCCCUGGGUUCCUCCUAAUGCAAGACAAUGCUAGACCUCAUGUGGCUGGAGUGGGUCAGCAGUUCCUGCAAGAGGAAGGCAUUGAUGCUAUGGACUGGCCCGCCUGUUCCCCAGACCUGAAUCCAAUUGAGCACAUCUGGGACAUCAUGUCUCGCUCCAUCCACCAACGCCACGUUGCACCACAGACUGUCCAGGAGUUGGCGGAUGCUUUAGUCCAGGUCUGGGAGGAGAUCCCUCAGGAGACCAUCCGCCACCUCAUCAGGAGCAUGCCCAGGCGUUGUAGGGAGGUCAUACAGGCACGUGGAGGCCACACACACUACUGAGCCUCAUUUUGACUUGUUUUAAGGACAUUACAUCAAAGUUGGAUCAGCCUGUAGUGUGGUUUUCCACUUUAAUUUUGAGGGUGACUCCAAAUCCAGACCUCCAUGGGUUGAUACAUUUGAUUUCCAUUGAUCAUUAUUGUGUGAUUUUGUUGUCAGCACAUUCAACUAUGUAAAGAAAAAAGUAUUUAAUAAGAUUAUUUCAUUCAUUCAGAUCUAGGAUGUGUUAUUUUAGUGUUCCCUUUAAUUUUUUUGAGCAGUGUAUUUCUUUGUGAAUGUGUAUCUGAUUGUUCCUGAAUUUCCCUCCUCAGUGCCCGGGCAUGAAGGGUAAAGUCCAGAAGGUUCUGACCUGGAAGUGGGGUGAACCCCCACCCCCUACACCUGUGCCCCGCCCCCUGGACCUCCCGGCCGAGGCCCCAGACCCCGUCCCAUUGGCCGGCCGACCAGAGAGGCAGUUCUUUGUCAAGUGGUGCAACAUGUCUUACUGGCACUGCUCCUGGGUCCAGGAGCUACAGGUGACACACACAACCAGCAAUAUGCAGGCUCAAUUAGGGCUGUGGCGGCCAUUACAUUUUGUCAGCCGGUUAUUGUCAUGCAAAAGUCUGGCGGUCUCACGGUAAUUGACUGUUAAUCUCCAGGCCUCCACGCAUACAAGCUGCUGAUGUGCACCUUUGGAACAUCUACAUUUAAAAAAGUAUACUAAACCAAUUUAAUGUACACCAUCACAAUAAAUCCAUUAUUUAUUUUAGUCAGGUCUAAAGAAACAUUAUGAUAUGAAGAAAAUAUAUUUCAGGUGAACAUAAUAUGAGUUGGCCUACUGUAGGCCUAUGUUAUCUGUCUAUGCUCCAUGCCAUACAUAGGAGUACCCUUUGAAGAACCCUUUUUGGUACCAGGUAGAACACUUUUGGGUUCCAUGUCAAAUCCUUUCCACAGAGGAUUCUACUUGGAACCCAAAAGGGUUCUACCUGGAACCAAAAAGGGUUACCCUAUGGGGACAGCCAAAGAACACGUUUGGAACCCUUUUUUCUAUGAGUGUAGGCUUGUUCAUUUAGCUGACAAGAUAUGUGUAACGUAUAUGCCAGGAGUCAGGAAACAGGUGCAGAAGGUGAGUUUAAUAAUGAAAAGAUACAAAAUAACAAACAUGAGAAGCAUACUGAACCUGAGAGAAAACAAUACCACCUAAUGACUGAUGACAACUGAGGGCUAAAUAAAGGGGGACUAAUCACGGAGUAAAUGAUGAGCCGGUGUGCGUAGUAGAGUAGCCAGGGGCGGUGGUUAGUAGACCGGCGACGUCGAGCACCGGUGGGAGGGAACAGGAGUAGGUUUGACAGUAGGUUUGACAUGCCAUUAUUUUAUUUUAUAUGAUUUUCUAGUAAGAAGAAUAUCAUUGAAAUUAGCUGAAUAAAAUAGAAAUAAUAUUUUUCUCAUUACGGAGCGAGUGCGCAUAUGAAGUGGAUAUGUUGAGCGUAAAAGUGAUCACUUGAAAAUGGUCCUAUAUGCUAGAUUCAAUAGUUAUUUGGCAACUUUAGUUGUGAAUGAUAAAACCGUAGAAUAUCUUAGAAAUCAGACUGCUUCGAUUUUAUAGCAGAGCAUGUGCUUAAUAUGAGCAGCUGAGAAAGAAAUACAAGAACACUUAUUUCACUCCACGCAUAAUAAUACAGCCCACACUCAAAGGCACAAUCGAAUUUGUUUAAUUUUGGACUAUAGGCUAGACCAAUUAUGUACCAAAGACAUCUUAAAUCAGUUUUAUGUUUUUCUGCCAUGUGUAAUAUGCGGUUGGCUAUGUACAUCAUCAUUUUAAUUCAGGUUUUUUGUCGAGCUUGGGCUCAUAAGCCUAUGCAUAUGCAUAAACUCUAAUAUGCGAAUGGGGUUUUGAAAAAAUUAUCACCUGAGAAAGCGCUGUCCAUUUCAAACAACAUCCACAACAACCAUGUUUUACACUGUUUCAACCUGCUGUUGAACUUCUUUCUUCAAAUUGACCAUCACAGUGAGGUGAGUUUUAAAUGUAUGAUAGGCUUACUGUUUUGAUGAUAAGUGUUUGAUGUGAUUUUCGAAUGCAUUUGCAUUGAUGUCAGAGUGGGUAGAGGGACAAUAGAGCCCUGAGUACCAGAUCAUUAGGACCUGAUGGUAGUUAUCAAGUUGGGUACUACCAAAGCAUGUCCAGAGUGCAUAAAAGGAGAUUACCGUGACUCAACGGUCACGUGGAAUUUUACUGCGGUCAAGACUGCUGGUGUGGCGGUAAUACGGUCACCACAACAGCCUUAUGUACUAGAUAGAGAGUAGACUCAUCUUUUUCCCUCCUCGCUAUUUUCCCUCUCUCCAGUUGGAGCUGAACUGCCAGGUGAUGUUCCGUAACUACCAGAGGAAGACAGACAUGGACGAGCCCCCGCUGGUGGACUUCGGAGGGGAGGGGGACGAUGACAAGAGCACUAAGAGGAAGAACAAGGACCCCCUGUACGUCCACAUGGAGGAGGAGUUCUACCGCUACGGAGUCAAGAUGGAGUGGCUCAUGAUCCACCGCAUCCUCAACCACAGGUAGAGCACACACACCUGGGAUACACACACUAACACACACACACACACACCUGGGAUACACACAAUAACACACACACACACCUGGGAUACACACACUAACACACACACACACCUGGGAUACACACACACACACCUGGGAUACACAUGCUAACACACACACAAACCUGGGAUACACAUGCUAACACACACACACACACCUGGGAUACACAUGCUAACACACACACACACACACCUGGGAUACAUACACUAACACACACACACACACACCUGGGAUACACAUGCUAACACACACGCGCACACACACACACACACACACCUGGGAUACACAUGCUAACACACACACACACACACACACACACACACACACACACCUGGGAUACAUACACUAACACACACACACACACACACACACACACCUGGGAUACACAUGCUAACACACACACACACAUGCACACACACACACACACACCUGGGAUACACAUGCUAACACACACACACACACACACCUGGGAUACACACGCUAACACACACACACACACACACACAAAAACACACACACACACCUGGGAUACACAUGCUAACACACACACACACCUGGGAUACACACGCUAACACACACACACAAAAACACACACACACACACCUGGGAUACACAUGCUAACACACACACACACCUGGGAUACACACGCUAACACACACACACACACACCUGGGAUACACACACACCUGGGAUACACACGCUAACACACACACACCUGGGAUACACACGCUAACACACACACCUGGGAUACACACGCUAACACACACACCUGGGAUACACACGCUAACACACACACCUGGGAUUCACACGCUAACACACCACAGUAUAGGUAACAUACUACCUCCUAACACAGGCGUGUCAAAGUCAGUUCUGUAAAGGAAAGGCAGUUUUUUUGUUGUAAAAAUAGCAAAUGUUUUUUUUAAAAACCUCUGUAUCCUAUUUGUAUCAUUACAGAUGUAAAUGAUAAAAUGUGCAUCACCAUAAUAUCAUAAUUCUCUACUUCCCCUCUCCUCCUCUCUCCAGUGUGGAUAAGAAGAACAACAUGCACUACCUGAUCAAGUGGAGGGAUCUGGCCUAUGACCAGGCCUCCUGGGAGAGUGAGGAGAUGGACAUCCCAGAGUACGACCAAUACAAGCAGACCUACUGGAACCACAGGUACACACACACACACACACACGAACAUGCACACACUCACCCAUGCAUGCACACACAAACGCCGACAUCUCUGCCUAUAGCAACCUAUAGUAACCUAUAGCAGUAAUCUAAUCCUCUUCCUGUCUUGCAUCUUUCUCUACCUACCCCCUCUUCCAUCUCUCUCUUUCUCUCUCUCUCUCUCUCUCUCCUUCAGAGAGUUGAUGUUGGGAGAUGAGGGCAGGCCCGCUAAGAAGCUGAAGAAGAUAGCUAAAGUGAAGAAGAGUGAGAAACCCCCUGCUAACCCUGUGGUGGAUGUAAGUACGGGUACUUCCUUGUUCCUUUUCAUGUGAAUCUUCCAAAUCUCCCAUUGACAUUGAUUCAUGAUUCUGCUCUAUGAUGUAAAUUAAGAUGUUUAUCUUCCACUUCCCCUCCAGCCCACCAUCAAGUUUGACUAUCAGCCAGACUACCUGGACACUACAAGGGGAACGCUGCACCCCUACCAGCUGGAGGGCCUCAACUGGCUGCGCUUCUCCUGGGCUCAGGCCACUGACACUAUACUGGCUGAUGAGAUGGGUCUAGGCAAGACUGUCCAGACCGCUGUCUUCCUCUACUCACUCUACAAAGAGGUGUGUUGGUAGGGUCUGUGUUGGGGUCUGUGUUGGGGUCUGUGUGUGCUGGAUAGGCAAAAGGAUGUAGUCAUCUGAUUCCACAGCGAUGUGUUUCUGAGUGUGUGUGUGAGAGAGAGAGAUCCUGUGUGUAUGUAAGUUUGUGUCUCUCGUCCAGUCUGCCUGCCCCUGUCAAUAAUUUCAUUCAGUGGGGGUAGUGGCAAACCCUGGACGAACAAUAAAACCACCCAUCAAAGGGGACUAGUCCAAAAAGAGGGACUCUGUCCUAAAGGCAGGGCGGGACAAAUACAAGGAAAACUCCACCUAGUCUUAUCAGAAGGAUAGGUUGAGUUAUUACCCUACUGCUAAAUACCUAGCUACGUGAAUUAUCAGUUGAGUGUUAGGGGAUAAGGGCCGGACAUGUCAAUCGGACUUAGGCAAUUCCCUUUUCUGAUUCAACUGAAGUGUUUUACUCACUCGCCUAUUAAUCCCUGACCUUCCACCCCUCAAGGGUCACUCCAAGGGCCCGUUCCUGGUGAGCGCCCCCCUGUCCACCAUCAUUAACUGGGAGAGAGAGUUUGAGUUGUGGGCCCCGGACAUGUACGUGGUGACCUACGUAGGAGAUAAGGACAGCAGAGCCGUCAUCAGAGAGAACGAGUUCUCCUUCGAGGGCAAUGCCAUCCGGGGGGGCAAGAAGGCCUCUAAGAUGAAGGUGAGCGACGAAUGGGAUGGGAGGAUGGGGAAAGACUGAUAAUGUACAGUCAUGUUUUCUGUUGUUGAUUUUUUCUAUCUCCCUCAUUCUAUCUUUAUUGUUACCCCCUAAUCCUCUGCCCCCUCCCUCUCUGUCUGCCCCCUGCAGAAAGACUCAUCGGUGAAGUUCCAUGUCCUGCUGACGUCCUAUGAGCUGAUCACUAUAGACCAGGCUGUGCUGGGCUCCAUAGACUGGGCCUGUCUGGUGGUGGAUGAGGCCCACAGGCUGAAGAACAACCAGUCAAAGGUCAGACACACACCAGUACCAUAACCAUUAUAGCCAUAACCAGUACCAUAACCAUUAUAGUCAUAACCAUUAUAGCCAUAACCAGUACCAUAACCAUUAUAGCCAUAACCAGUACCAUAACCAUUAUAGCCAUAACCAGUACCAUAACCAUUAUAGUCAUAACCAUUAUAGCCAUAACCAGUACCAUAACCAUUAUAGCCAUAACCAGUACCAUAACCAUUAUAGCCAUAACCAGUACCAUAACCAUUAUAGUCAUAACCAUUAUAGCCAUAACCAGUACCAUAACCAUUAUAGUCAUAACCAUUAUAGCCAUAACCAGUACCAUAACCAUUAUAGCCAUAACCAGUACCAUAACCAUUAUAGUCAUAACCAUUAUAGCCAUAACCAGUACCAUAACCAUUAUAGUCAUAACCAGUACCAUAACCAUUAUAGCCAUAACCAGUACCAUAACCAUUAUAGCCAUAACCAGUACCAUAACCAUUAUAGCCAUAACCAGUACCAUAACCAUUAUAGUCAUAACCAGUACCAUAACCAUUAUAGUCAUAACCAGUACCAUAACCAUUAUAGUCAUAACCAGUACCAUAACCAUUAUAGUCAUAACCAGUACCAUAACCAUUAUAGUCAUAACCAGUACCAUAACCAUUAUAGUAUGACAUAUCGUUGCAUACUGAACACAGCGUUAUUAGUAUAGCUAUGGUUAUAACCACUCAAAGAUGAGAGAUCACCCCGUUUUGUGAAGAGGGCAGCUGAAGUAUAAAAGUCUGUCUCUCUCUGUGUAGUUCUUUAGGAUUCUGAAUAACUACCCUCUCCAGCACAAGCUGCUGCUGACUGGUACACCUCUACAGAACAACCUGGAGGAACUCUUCCACCUGCUCAACUUCCUCACCCCAGUGAGGUUCAAGUCAGUAUGCCUACACUACUGUGUGGUGGGGGGGGUGUGAGUGCUGCUAUUGCUUAGUGUUUUGUGGUCCUGAUGUUUCUUUUUGAACAAAUCCAGUAACCGAAACAAUAACAAAAGUCACCCCUAUGAGGUACAAACUGACCCCGCUUCUCUCCCUCUGCUCUGCAGUAACCUAGAGGGGUUCCUGGAGGAGUUUGCUGACAUCGCCAAAGAAGACCAGAUCAAGAAGUUGCAUGACAUGCUGGGACCACACAUGCUCAGGAGACUGAAGGCUGACGUCUUCAAACACAUGCCCUCCAAGACUGAGCUCAUCGUACGAGUGGAGCUUAGCCCCAUGCAGAAGUGAGUGAUGAGGAGGAAGAGGGGAGGGUGGAGGGGAGGAUGGUGGUAGGAAUCAAAUCAAAUUGGAUUCAUCACAUACACAGUUUACAGCAGGUAUAAAAGGUGCAGUGAAAUGCUUACUUGAUAGCUUCCUCAACAGUGCAGUACAAUCAGUGCUAGCACAUGCUAAUGAGUGGAGAAGUAUAGAAAAUAAGGAAAUAGAGGAUUGAAUGUCAGUAGUGUAGUGUUGCAGAAGUCUCAUGUUGGCUUCUAUUUCUUGUUUUCUGGUAUUAAUUUAAUUGUGUGAUGCAGGAAGUACUACAAGUUCAUCUUGACGCGUAACUUUGACGCCCUGAACACCCGCGGAGGAGGAAACCAAGUGUCCCUGCUCAACGUGGUCAUGGACCUCAAGAAGUGUUGCAACCACCCCUACCUCUUCCCCGGAGCUGCAAUGGUACGAUCCAAACCCAUUAUCGGAGACAUGGGCCAUACCAUUGAUUUAAUGCUUGAUGGAGGGCAUCAAUUUGUGUGUGUGUUUGUACACGAGUAAAUGUUGUCUUGAAUGUUUAUGAUUUUGUUGGUUAUAUUAUGUGUUAAGAGGCUUUGAUCAGCAUGCAGUCUACUUGAUGAGUUUUAAUUCAUUAAUUGACUGAUGUUUAAUUGAUUGAUCUCCUGCAGGAGGCGCCAAAGAUUCCAAACGGAAUGUACGAGGGCAGUGCCCUCACAAGGGCUUCUGGGAAACUGACUCUGCUGCAAAAGAUGAUGGUUAAACUCAAGGAGGGAGGACAUAGAGUGCUCGUUUUCUCUCAGGUACACAUACACACACACACACACAUACACACACACACACACACACACACACACACACUAACUGUCUCUGUCUCUUGGUAGAUGACUAAGAUGUUGGACCUGCUGGAGGACUUCCUGGAGAACGAGGGUUAUAAGUACGAGAGGAUUGAUGGAGGUGUAACGGGGGGCAUGAGACAGGAGGCCAUCGACCGCUUCAAUGGUGAGACACACACACAUGGGUUCAUGGAUACACUAACGACAGCACAAUUGGAACACUAACUUUAACUGUGAAAAUAUGAAAUGGAAGUAACUAUUUGUCUUUUGUCUCCUCCCUCCCUCUUUGUAUCCCUCCCUCUUUCUCUCCCUUCCCCUCUCUCUCCCUUCCCUCUGUCUCUCUCUCCUCAGCUCCUGGCGCCCCUCAGUUUGCCUUCCUGCUCUCUACCAGAGCGGGAGGUUUGGGCAUCAAUCUGGCAACCGCCGACACCGUCGUCAUCUACGACUCUGACUGGAACCCCCACAACGACAUCCAGGUACACACACACACACACACCACACACACACACACACACACACACUUGACGCACUCCUCCUACUCACUUCUCCUCUUCCAAUCUCUUCCCAUCUCUCUCUCUCAGGCAUUCAGCAGAGCUCACAGGAUUGGUCAGAAUAAGAAGGUUAUGAUCUAUCGCUUCGUUACCAAGGCGUCUGUGGAAGAGAGGAUCACUCAGGUAAACACAGUAUACCAAAGCCUACCAGACUCAUACAUAGUGGUAGGUAAAAGACUAACUCCUCUUCUCCUCCUCCUCCUCUCCUCAUCCUCCCCUCUCAUCCUCCUCUCCUCCAGGUGGCUAAGAAGAAGAUGAUGUUGACCCACCUGGUGGUACGUCCUGGGCUGGGCAGUAAGACAGGCUCCAUGUCUAAACAGGAGCUGGAUGACAUCCUCAAGUUUGGAACAGAGGAGCUGUUCAAGUACGAGCUGGGAGAGGGUGAGUCACUAACUACUAACCAUAACCAGAUCAGUCCACUCCAAACAGGUAGCCAUUCCUGUUGUCAGAGGCCGUAGUAUCUGCUGCUUUUCCUUCAAACUAACGACUGAUUUAGACCUGGGAAACUAGGUGUGUGGCCUCCAGUCUUUCUUUCUUACACACUCUUUCAUUGUACGCCUCGCUCUUUCCUUGUCCCUCGCUCUUUCCUUGUCCCUCUCUCUUUCCUUGUCCCCCUCUGUCUCAGGGGACAACAAGGAGGAUGACAGCCAGGUCAUCCACUAUGAUGACAAGGCCAUAGACAGACUGCUGGACAGGAACCAGGAGUCAGAGUCAACCGAGGACACAGAGAUCCAGAGCAUGAACGAGUACCUCAGUUCCUUCAAAGUGGCCCAAUACGUCGUCAAGGAUGAGGAGGAGGAGGUGUGUGUGUGUGAGAGAUACUGUGGAAGGUGAUGAACAGGAGAGAUGACCCAUACUUCUGAGAGUGUGUGUUAUUACACUUCUUAUUUGUGUGUGUGUUUGUAAACCGAGUUCUUCCAUCCUUGCUAACCUGUGUGUGUGUGUCCAGGAGGAGGAGGUGCAGCGUGAGGUGAUUAAACAGGAGGAGUCCGUAGACCCAGACUACUGGGAGAAGCUGCUGAGACACCACUAUGAGCAGCAGCAGGAGGACCUGGCCCGUAACCUGGGGAAGGGCAAGAGGACCCGCAAGCCUGUCAACUACAACGACGGCUCUCAGGAGGAACGAGGUAGUAGACGGGGUACAGAACAACGCUGCACAAUGCAACCUUUUUUACCUACUCUGUGUGUGUGGAUGUGGACAUGUGUUUAUGUGUGUGGUAGGUAAGGUGUGUGGUAUAGGAGUGUGUAUCUUUGGUGUUAUAUUGGAGCAUGUGAGUGUGUUUUGUGUGUGUGUGUUAAUGGUUUGUGUUCGUAUUACAUGUUUGUCCAUGUCCCAUCUCUGUCCUCUGUGUUUUUUAGGUGUUUCUAGUAGUAUUCUAGGAUUAAGCGUGGGCAUGAUGUUUCCUUCCUGCUGUCUCAGUACUCUCUCCUAUCUGUCUCUAACAAGAUUGGGGUCAAUUCCAGUUUCAAUUCAGGAAGUGAAUUGAAAUUAAAUUUAUGUUUGAAAAUUGCCCACUGACAAGAAUGUGACCCCAACCCUGUUAAUGACUUUGGUAUUGACUAGUUUAGUUUUCUUGUGAAGUUGGUUGAAGUGAAUUUCUGUGAUUGUAUCUAUUCUUCACUCUCUCUUCCUUCUCCCCUGAAAACAGAGCGGUCUGUGUCCUAAAACUCUCUGAUUGGCUAAUCCUGUCUCUUCCCCGCCCCUCUCUCUCCAUUCUAUAAGCAGAUUGGCAGGAGGAUCAGUCUGACAACAACUCAGAUUACUCUGUGGCCUCCGAGGAGGGAGAUGAGGACUUUGAUGAGCGAUCAGAAGGUAACAAACACUAUUGUCAUGAAUUCAUAUUGAUUACAGUGCAUUCGGAAUGUAUUCAGACCCCUUCCCCUUUUCCACAUUUUGUUACAGCCUUAUUCUAAAAUGGAUUAAAUAGUUUCCCCCCCCCCCUCAUCAAUCUACACACAAUACCCCAUAAUGAGAAAGCAAAAACUGGUUUUUAGAAAUGUUAGCAAAUUUAUUAAAAAUAAACAUCUGAAAUGUUAUAUUUACAUAAGUAUUCAGACUCAGUACUCAGUACUUUGUUGAAGCACCUUUGGCAGCGAUUACAGCCUUGAGUCUUCUUGGGUAUGACGCUACAAGCUUGGCAAACCUGUAUUUGGGGAGUUUCUCCCAUUCUUCUCUGCAGAUCCUCUCAAGCUCUGUCACGUUGGAUGGGGAGCAUCGCUGCACAGCUAUUUUCAGGUCUCUCUAGAGAUGUUCGAUCGGGUUAAAGUCCGGGCUCUGGCUGGGCCACUCAAAGACAUUCAGAGACUUGUCCCGAAGCCACUCCUGCGUUGUCUUGGCUGUGUGCUUAGGGUCGUUGUCCUGUUGGAAGGUGAACCUUUUCCCCAGUCUGUAGUCCUGAACGCUCUGGAGCAGGUUUUCAUCAAGGAUCUCUCUGUACUUUGCUCCGUUCAUCUUUCCCUCGAUCCUGACUAGUCCCCCAGUCCCUGCCGCUGAAAAACAUCCCCACAGCAUGAUGUUGCCACCACCAUGCAUCACCGUAGGGAUGGUAUUGGCCAGGUGAUGAGCGGUGCCUGGUUUCCUCCAGACGUGAUGCUUGGCAUUCAGGCCAAAGAGUUCAAUCUUGGUUUCAUCAGAUCAGAGAAUCUUGUUUCUCAUGGUCUGAGAGUCCUUUAGGUGCCUUUUGGCAAACUCCAAGCGGGCUGUCAUGUGCCUUUUACUGAGGAGUGGCUUCCGUCUGGCCACUCUAUCAUAAAGGCUUGAUUGGUGGAGUGCUGCAGUGAUGGUUGUGUUUCUGGAAGGCUCUCCUAUCUCCACAGAGGAACUCUGGAGCUCUGUCAGAGAGACCAUCGGGUUCUUGGUCACCUCCCUGACCAAGGCCCUCCUCCCCCGAUUGCUCAGUUUGGCCAGGCGGCCAGCACUAGGAAGAGUCUUGGUGGUUCAAAACUUCUUCCAUUUAAGAAUGAUGGAGGCCACUGUGUUCUUGGGGACCUUCAAUGCUGCAGAAAUAUUUAGUUACCCUUCCCCAGAUCUGUGCCUCGACACAAUCCUUUCUCGGAGCUCUACGGACAAUUCCUUCGACCUCAUGUCUUGGUUUUUGCUUUGACAUGCACUCAGGAACACAGACUGGGGCAAAGGUUCACCUUCCAACAGGACAACGACCCUAAGCACACAGCCAAGACAACGCAGGAGUGGCUUCGGGACAAGUCUCUGAAUGUCCUUGAGUGGCCCAGCCAGAGUCCGGACUUGAACCUGAUCGAGCAUCUCUGGAGAGACCUGAAAAUAGCUGUGCAGCAACGCUCCCCAUCCAUGGGAGAAAUGCUCCAAAUACAGGUGUGCCAAGCUUGUAGCGUCAAGAAAACUCGAGGCUGUAAUCACUGCCAAAGGUGCUUCAACAAAGUACUGAGUAAAGGGUCUGAAUACUUACAUAAAUGUGAUAUUUCCGUUUUUUAUAUUUAAUAAAUUAGCAACAUUUUCUAAAAACCUGUUUUUGCUUUGUCAUUAUGGGGUAUUGUGUGUAGAUUGAUGAGGGGGAAAAAACUAUUUCAUAAAAUUUAGAACAAAGCUGAAAAUGUAACACAAUUUGGAAAAAGUGAAGGGUCUGAAUACUUUCUGAAUGGCUGUAUGUGUCCGUGUCCGUGCGAAUAAAUGAAUCUGUGUGUGUGCCAGUUCGGAUUAGUCCUUGCUUGUGUGUUUUCGUGCAAAUGACAGAAAGUGAAAGAGUGUGUGCAUUUGUGUGUGAGAAUGAGCGCGAGAGAGAGCGACUCAUUCUGUCAAGCAGUUGUAACAGGCCAAUUCAGUUAUAAUAAAAGUACGAGACUAUUCCACACAACAAGUCUAAGUAAGCAGAAGCACAAACCCAAUCCUUUAUGGCCGAAGGCUUUUAGAAAGGGCGGUAAACCCCAACUACUGAUACAGGGUUAGAUAUUUGUUAAUCCCCCUAAUGGUUAAUUUAGGAUUGGAGGAUAGAAUAAUCCGAAUAUAGAUCUGUGGUUAAGGUACGUUUCUAUCUGGAGUGUUACGAAGCUAUGUCCCAUGCUAACGUAUUUCAAACUGCACCUACAUAUUAUACAGAAACAGACUAACUCCUGCAUCGACUAGUAGGAGAGGGCAGCUAAAUGUACACAAUGUAUCAAUUCUGUACAGUGAAUCAUCCACGAACUCCCGAGUGGCGCAGUGGUCUAAGGCACUGCAUCGCAGUGCUAGCUGUGCCACUAGAGAUCCUGGUUCGAAUCCAGGCUCUGUCGUAGCCGGCCGUGACCGGGAGACCCAUGGGGCGGCGCACAAUUGGCCCAGCGUCGUCCAGGGUAGGGGAGGGAAUGGCCGGCAGGGAUGUAGCUCAGUUGGUAGAGCAUGGCGUUUGCAACGCCAGGGUUGUGGGUUCGAUUCCCAUGGGGGUAUGAAAAAAAAAAAAAUGAUGUAUGCACUCACUAACUGUAAGUCGCUCUGGAUAAGAGCGUCUGCUAAAUGACUAAAAUGUAAAUGUAAAUGUUCUUUUUGAGGAUCUGUUAAAAUUCUUCACUUUUUGUAGUUAUUUUGAAGUUUAUAGUGUAGCGCUCAUACAUAUAAUUAGAUGAAACUGUUGAAUGCACGUAUGAUUACAUCCAUUCAUUGAGUUUAUGGAUAUCCAAUAAUUGUUAAGUUAAUAUGUGAUUGUGGUCAACAUGACAUUUGGUUAAACUACAAGUGUUUUGAAAUGGAAGGAUUGCAGGUAAAAAUUCUGGUGUAGAAUACCUUUUUAUUUACAUUGUUGGAACAACAUUUCCAUUGAUGAAAUUCACACACAAAUCCAGGACAUUUAUGUGUGUAUGUAUUCUGUAAGAAAGACAAUAUAUAUUCGAUAUAAAGAAGCGAUUUGGUUGCAAAACAAUAAUUAAUACGAUGUUAGUCAGAAAUGUGGUCUGGGUUUGAACCAUUAAUUGAACGGCAGAUGAGUUACCGAUUGCGCCACCAUAGUAAAUAAAAUAAAAUAAGUGAUCUCAGAUUUCUGCCUGAAUCAGCGACUCUUAAUCCUGUCAUAAUCGUACAUAUUUCCAUGCUAAACAGUAAACGCGUUGACAGAAAUUUAAUCUGAUGUCUCAGUUGACGUUCGCGGCACAGAACAUUCAGAACGGAUUUUAUUACAGCGCGACAGAUACAGUAGUUACUGGCGGUUACAUUUUUCUUUCUUGAGGUGUUCCUUUCGAUCAUCUGCCCGUUUCGAUAGCUACGGUCAGUGAGUGAGUGCUCUUUCAAGACCGGACAUAGCGAGGAGUUGCAGCAUCGUCUGUGAAUAUGCUAGCUACUAAUUCAAUUCAAAGGGCUUUAUUGGCAUGGGAACCAUGUUUACAUUGCCAAAGCAAGUUAAAUAGAUAAUAAACAAACGUGAAAUAAACAAUACAAAAUGAACAGUAAACAUUACACUCACAAAAGUUCCAAAGGAAUAGAGACAUUUCAAAUGUUAUAUUAUGGCUAUAUACUGUGUUGUAACGAUGUGCAAAUAGUUAAAGUUAGCUAUCAGCUAACCUUCGCUAAUAUCGGGGAUGUAUUCACUAGGAACAAAACGGAGAGGGACCUUCCUGAAUUUUUUCAAUAGAAACUCUUGUUUAGGCUACGUAGCAAACCGUUUUCCGUUCGCAACUGUUUGAGACGGUUUGCUAAGGUGUGAACUAAUGAUACACACCUUUGCCACCUUGCUCUGAAUUUUUUCAGCAAGUUCACUGAUGAUGUAGCAACAAUGUAUCAAUGUAUGUCUUUCUGACAAUACAGGGUUUGAAUCCCUUAUCAUGUCACAUUUUAUGGUACACUAUUUCAAAUAGGUCUGUCUGCAACUUUUAUCUGUAAUUGGUUGUAUAAAUUGCAAAGGCUUUGCUAAAACAACAUCCGGUAGAGGAGUAAAAUAGCACACAAUUCCAUGCUGUUUUGAGGGAUCAUUCAAUCAAAAUCUCAUAUAGUGACGUAGCGGGUUUACCCCAACUCUAUUGCAGGACAAAUUGUGUGUGUGUGUCAGUACACAUUUAUAUGUGUGUAUUUUCUGUGUGAGACUACCAUGACCUGUGUUUCUCCCUCCAACCAGCCAACUCCCGCAGGCCAAGCCGCAAGGGGUUGAGGAACGAAAGGGACAAACCACUGCCCCCCCUGUUGGCCAGAGUGGGAGGCAACAUCGAGGUCAGACUGCAGCUUCUAUCAGUCUCCCUCCCUCCAUCUGUCACUCUUAAAAUAAAAAUCGACACAUUGUUCUCUUCAUAUCUCCCUCUACAAGCAGUAUUUUCUUUCUCCAUGUCCAUUUCUGCCUGCACAUUUUCCCUCUCUCUCUUUACCACUUGUCUUUUGACUCUUUCAGUGUGUAUGUUGCUCUAAACCCCCCCCCCCCCCCUCUCUCUCAGGUGUUGGGCUUCAAUGCGCGCCAGAGGAAGGCCUUCCUGAAUGCAGUGAUGCGCUAUGGGAUGCCUCCCCAGGAUGCCUUCACUACCCAGUGGCUGGUCAGAGACCUCAGGGGGAAGUCUGAGAAAGAGUUCAAGUGAGUCUGUGUGUGUGUGCAGUCUAAGUAUGUGUGUGUGUUCCCAGGGGUCCGUAUAACAGUAUUCUCUCACUCCCUUCAUCUUUCCCUCUCAGGGCGUAUGUCUCUCUCUUCAUGCGUCAUCUCUGUGAGCCGGGGGCUGACGGAGCGGAGACUUUCGCUGAUGGGGUUCCACGGGAGGGGUUGUCACGGCAACAUGUCCUUACUCGCAUCGGUGUGAUGUCAUUGAUCAGGAAGAAAGUAAGCAAUGUCGUUUCUUUGUUUGUUUACAGCAUUUGGUAUUGUUUUGUUUUAAUUUAUGUAUGUAUUGAUUGUAUUGAUGUCCAGGUGCAGGAGUUUGAGCAUGUGAACGGCCAGUGGUCCAUGCCCUGGAUGAUGGAGCUGGAGGAGAACAAGAGGCUGGCAGCCAUCGCUGCUGGAGAGGACGUCAAAACACCUUCUACUGGAACCCCCGCUGACACACAGCCCAACACCCCCGCCCCAGGUACACACACACACACACACACCUUCUACUGGAACCCCCGCUGACACACAGCCCAACACCCCCGCCCCAGGUACACACAUACACACACCUUCUACUGGAACCCCCGCUGACACACAGCCCAACACCCCCGCCCCAGGUACACACAUACACACACCUUCUACUGGAACCCCCGCUGACACACAGCCCAACACCCCCGCCCCAGGUACACACACACACACACACACCUUCUACUGGAACCCCCGCUGACACACAGCCCAACACCCCCGCCCCAGGUACACACACACACACACACACCUUCUACUGGAACCCCCGCUGACACACAGCCCAACACCCCCGCCCCAGGUACACACACACACACACCUUCUACUGGAACCCCCGCUGACACACAGCCCAACACCCCCCGCCCCAGGUACACACAUACACACACCUUCUACUGGAACCCCCGCUGACACACAGCCCAACACCCCCGCCCCAGGUACACACACACACACACACACCUUCUACUGGAACCCCCGCUGACACACAGCCCAACACCCCCGCCCCAGGUACACACAUACACAUACACACACACACACACACCAGCCCAACACACAGUAAAAUGAAAAUAUGCUCAAUCAUUCUCUCACUCACUCUCUUUUUCUCUGCCUUUCUCUCUGUCGCUAACAGAGGACCUCACUAAGUCUGAAGACACUGGCAAGGAGACGGAGGUAAAGAAGGAGGGAGAGGCAGAAAAGGACGGCAGGGCGCACAGCAAGACAGAAGACCCAGAGGUGAGCAGUCUUUAUUAGAUUAUACUGCACCAUCAUCAGUGUCAUCACAACCCUAAUCCUAACCCCUUUUUCCUCCUCGCAGAUUAUUGAAAUCCCAGACGAGACAGAAAAACUCUCGGAAAGGAAAGAGGCGGAGGGAGAGUCCUCCACGACAAAGAACGAGAAAGAAAAGGACAAAGACACAGAAGAGGAGAAGGAGAAAGAGACUGAAGAAAAGGAAACCAAGGAAACCCCAAAAGAGACAGCAGAGGAGGAGAAGGAGAAGGAUUCCCCUACAGAGGUCACGGGUGAAGGGUCAGAGGCCACAGCAGUGUCAGAGGAGGCCAAACCUAAAGGUCAGUCGGGACAGUCAGGGUGAUACAGAUACUGUAUGAAGGUCAUGUCUCCUGUGGUUGUGACCUCUGACCUGUGUUCAAUCUGUUAUAGUGGAGGAGAGCAAAGAGGAGAUGGACACCAGUCCUCCUGCAGAGAACAAGAAAGGUAGGGUCUUCCGUUCCAUACACACAUGUACGCGCACACACACAAACAAACAUAUGGUGCUUACCCAGUAUUCUUCCUCCCUUCAGAGCAAAAAGAGGAGAAAGAUGGUGUGAAGACGGAGGAGUCUGGCAAGCUGCAGAAUGGAGAGAACGCUAAAGAAUCAGUGGCAGCAGCAGCGGUGGCGGUGAAUGUGAGUGAGGAGAAGAAGAAGGCUACCAAGCAGAGGUUCAUGUUCAACAUUGCAGACGGAGGAUUCACAGGUGCACACGCAUAUCUAGGAUCAGCUAACCCUCCCUAACUUUAACCAUUGGGGGGCAGGGAGAUGCAAAACUGACCUUUGUUCAUUUUCAAUCUCUCUCUCUCUCUCUCUCUCUCUCUCCCCCCCCCCCCAGAGCUCCACUCUCUGUGGCAGAACGAGGAGAGGGCAGCGACCGUCACCAAAAAGACAUUUGAGAUCUGGCACCGUCGCCAUGACUACUGGCUGCUGGCUGGCAUCAUACAGUAUCCUUUCACUCUGUACCAACAUCACUCUGCUAAUCAAAGUGUCGAGGAGAAUGGUAUUAAUUGGAUCAGGUAUGUUAGUGCUGGGCUGGAACUAAAACCUAUAGACUCCUGUAUCUCUCCAGGACCAGGGCUGGAGACCACUGCACUACUCAGCAGGUCAGAGGUUUGGUGGGAGGACUGAAUCAUUGUGAUGUAUUGACCUUUGACCGUGGCGCCUCUCAGACACGGUUACGCUCGCUGGCAGGAUGUGCAGAGCGACGUGAAGUAUGCUAUCCUCAACGAGCCCUUCAAGGGGGAGAUGAGCCGAGGGAACUUCCUGGAGAUCAAGAACAAGUUCCUGGCUAGGAGGUUUAAGGUGCGCUGGGAUGGCUUGAUGUUUAUGGCUGCUUCUGUCUAUUGAUCCACUCUCUGUCUUCUUUAAUCUCUCUCUCUCUCUCUCUCUCUCUCUCUCUCUCUCUCUCUCUCUCUUCUCUCUCUUCUCUAUCUCUCUCUCUCUCUCUCUCUCUCUCUCUCUGAGUGUCUGUUCAGCCAUCCCUCUCUCCUACUCUCUCUUCCUUUCUGUUAAUCGCUCUGUCUACCUCUUCCCUCUCCUUCUCUCCUCCUGUCAUAUCCCUUACUUCUCUCUCUCUCUCCCUCGCUCUCUCUCUCGCUCUCUCCUCCUGUCAUAUCCCUUACUUCUCUCUCUCUCGCUCUCGCUCUCUCCUCCUGUCAUAUCCUUACUCUCUCUCUCUCUCUCUCCCUCUCUCUCUCUCGCUCUCUUUCUGUCUCUCUGUCUCUCGCGCUCUCCUCCUGUCAUAUCCCUUACUUCUCUCUCUGUCUCUCGCUCUCUCUCUGUCUCUCUCUCUCCUCCUCUUACCCCUCUCUAUCUCUCUCUCCGUCUCUAGUUGUUGGAGCAGGCGUUGGUGAUUGAUCGCACCAGCUACCUGAACAUGGUCACAUUUGAGGACCCCAGGCCCACCCCUCCAUGGCCCUCAACACCCGCUUCAGUGAGGUGGAGUGUCUGGCCGAGUCCCACCAACACCUCAGCAAGGAGUCCAUGUCAGGGAACAAGCCUGCCAACGCAGUACUGCACAAAGGUAGGCUACACACAGACUCACUCUCUUUCUUUCUCAUUUUCACUUUUCUGUCUCUGCUUUUCUGACCCAUUUCAUAAUCUUUCUCUUUUUCUUAUUUCUCUCCCUCUCUCCAUCCCUUUGGUUAUUUGACUGUGGUGGUGGUGGUAACUCUUCCUCUCUCCUUCAGUUCUCAAACAGCUUGAGGAGCUUCUCAGCGACAUGAAGGCUGACGUCACCCGUCUCCCGGCAACCAUCGCCCGGAUACCACCCGUCGCCGUGAGGCUACAGAUGUCGGAGAGGAACAUCCUCAGCCGAUUGGCCAGCCGGGGGUCAGAGGUCACUGGCCAGAGCCAAUCACAGACCACACAGCAGCAGAUGCAGGUGCCACGCUGA